AUGCCCGAGUUCAGAUCUCCUCCUGAAUGCCCUGUAUACCAUCCUUCAGAGGAUGAUUUCCAGGAUCCUCUUGCAUUUAUCAGGAAGAUCCGUCCUAUUGCAGAGGAAUAUGGGCUCUGCAAAAUUGUUCCUCCUCCUAGCUGGACCCCACCCUUUGCUGUUGAUGUGGAUAAUUUCAAAUUCAAACCUCGAAUCCAACGGCUGAAUGAGUUGGAGGCUUGUACCAGGAUCAAGCUGAACUUCCUGGAUCAAAUUGCCAAAUUUUGGGAACUCCAGGGCUCAUGCUUGAAGUUGCCAACUGUGGAAAAAAGAGCACUGGACUUGUACACUCUGUACAAGUUGGUGCAGGAAGAGGGUGGUUUUGAGAAAGUGUGCCAGGAUCACAAAUGGGCUGAGAUUGGUGCUCGUAUGGACUUUCCACAGGGAAAGAACUACUAUACACUUCUGAAACCGUGCUAUGAACGUAUUUUGUAUCCAUAUGAGCUCUUCAAGCAGGGCAAGAGUCUCAGUACUAUGGAAAUGCAUUCCUAUGAAGAAAACAUGGACUACAUCCCACAUGAGAUACCUGAUCGGCAGGCAUUGAAGCCUCCUGCUGAGAGAUACAGCCGUCGCUCCAAACGUGUUCAACUAGAAGAACAAGAUUUGGUGAAAACACAGGAGGUCCUGGAGAUGACUGGGAACAAGGAGCUUAGACGAUUGAAGUUUUACGGAGCUGGUCCUAAGAUGAGUGGUUUUAGUGGGAAACGAAAUGUUGACACUGGAGGUAAGGGCAAGGGGAAGAAGUCUGAUACCCUUGAGAAUGAUCCUUUGGCCAAGUAUGUUUGCUUCACCUGUCUACGAGGGGAUGAUGAGGAGCAGAUGCUCUUAUGUGAUGGAUGUGAUGACAGCUAUCAUACAUUUUGUCUUGUUCCUCCUCUUCAUGAGAUACCACCUGGCGAUUGGAGGUGCCCAAAGUGUGUGGCUAGGGAGGUGAGCAAGCCAAAUGAAGCAUUUGGUUUUGAGCAGGCUCAAAAGGAAUAUACCCUUGCCACAUUUGGAGCCAUGGCUGACCAGUUCAAGUCUGACUACUUCUCCAUGCCUGUUCAUAUGGUACCUCCUGAUGUGGUGGAGAAAGAGUUCUGGAGAGUGGUAUCCUGCAUUGAUGAAGAUGUCACAGUGGAGUAUGGUGCUGAUCUGCACACCAUGGAUCAUGGAUCUGGCUUUCCUACCAAAAACUCGAAGAAUUUGCAACUUCCUGACAAGGAGUAUGCAACAUCACCAUGGAACUUGAACAACCUGCCAGUUCUGGAUGGCUCAGUUCUGGGCUUCAUAAAUGCUGAUAUUUCGGGGAUGAUGGUGCCAUGGAUGGGUGAACCAAAGACUUGGUAUGGAGUCCCAGGUGGGAAGGCAGAAGUAUUUGAGGUUGCCAUGCGUAGUUGUGCUCCAGAACUGUUUGAGUCUCAACCGGAUCUUCUGCAUCAGCUUGUGACCACCAUGAACCCUAACAUUCUUAUGGACAAAGGAGUCCCAAUCUACCAUGCAGACCAAAUGGCAGGGGAAUUCGUGGUGACCUUCCCACGCUCUUACCAUGCUGGCUUCAACCAGGGCUACAACUUUGCAGAGGCAGUCAACUUCUGUCCUCCUGAUUGGUUGGGUCUUGGCCGGGAAUCCAUCCUUCACUAUUCAGAUCUCCGGCGCUAUUGUGUCUUCUCACAUGAUGAACUUGUUUGCAAAAUGGCCAUUGAGCCUAACAUUGGAACAGAAAUGGCUAUUGCUGCCUAUGAAGAUGUCUGCAAGAUGGUUGAUUCCGAGAAGAAAUUACGGCGGUCUCUACUGGACUGGGGGGUUGUGAAAGCUGAACUCGAGUACUUCGAAUUGCUGGCUGAUGACAAUCGACAGUGCGAUGCAUGCAAAACAACUCUUUUCUUGUCUGCUGUGACAUGCUCCUGUACCAAGAAGCUGGUGUGUCUCCGUCACUACACAAGUCUGUGCAAAUGUCCCCCUGCAGCACAUAAACUUCAGUAUCGCUACACUUUGAAUGAGCUUGCAGCCAUGCUUGAGAACCUGAAGCAAAAGGCUGAUGUAUUCCAGAGCUGGCUUACCCGUGUCAAACAAGCCUUGAAAGCCACUGGUGAAGAUAGAAUUGAGCUCAAAGAAUUGAAAAGCCUGACUGAAACUGCAUUGACAAAGAAGUUUCCAGAGUGUGAAUUACUUGAGACAUUGCAGCAGGCAGUUGAGGAAGCUGAAAAAUGUGCAUCUGUUGCCCAGCAGUUGGCUGCUACUCGAGUUCGCACAAGGGGCCGAGGGUGUACAGGUGGAGAACCUCGCUGUUCCUUGACAGUGGAAGAGUUGCAAAUGUUCUGUGAUGAGCUACAUGCACUGGUGUGCCGCAUCCCUGAUGGAGAUGCUGUAUUGUCCCUGUUGUCAGCUGUUGAGUCCUUCCGUGACCAGGCCCAGACCCUCCUGAAAGAUCCCAAGCCUUCUGCUGCUGAUCUAGAGGCAUGCAUGGAAACUGGGAAUUCCCUGGACAUAGAAUUGCCAGAAUUUCUGGAAGUGAAGAAGGUACAUGAAGCAAUUUGUUGGGUUGAAAAGAUGGAGGACUUCAUGAGUGAAUUGAAGCCAAACUCCAUAGAGGUGUUGAAGGAGGAGUUGGCUAAAGGUCAGACCAUGACACCUCAUCCAGCUGUUGAGAAGACUGUUGCUAGUGUGAGCGAGCUUUUAAUGCAGGCUCUUGAAUUUGAGGAGCAGGCUCGCAAAGCCCUACAUGUCCAACCUAGUCCUGACUUUUUGGUGGUGGAGGAGAUUCUGGAGAAAGCCAAAGAUAUCCCCAGCUCUCUUCCAUAUAUCAGUGCCCUGAGAGAGCUGCACAAGAAGACAAAAGACUGGCUUACCAAGAUUGAGCACAUCAAGGAGCCUCCAGGUGUAUUCCUGAGUGAACUAGAAUCCCUGGUCUUGAGAGGAAGGGGUCUCCCCUUUGUCCAGGAUCGACUUCCUGGACUUGAACAGCAGUUUCAAUCUGCAAAAACCUGGAUGGAUCGAGCUACCAGUGUUUUUCUUCGUCGGAAUGUCUUCUAUUCUCUCAUUGAGGUAACCAACCAUCUAAAACCAAGUAUGGCCAAUAAUGAAUUUCAGUGGAACUCAGUGGAGGCAUCUUUGAAACAGGUGCUUUGUCCCCGCAAGAAUUUACAGGACAAGCGUGCCCAUCUGAAGAAGAAGCGUCCUUACAAAGAUGAAGGUGGGAUGAGCAUAUUGGCUGCCAUCCUUGGAGUUGAAGCAGGCCCAAACAACCCAGAAGUGGAUCUCAUUGCUGCAUACAAGGCAUGCCAAAAUCUCAAACCUAAUUUCAUCAUUCAACAGGAGGCAGCUCAGAAGGAGAUAUCAGAGAUGCGUCGAUAUCGAGCAGAAAACAUGCGCAAGCAUAUGGAUAGUGAUCGAGACACACUCUAUUGCAUUUGUCAGAAACCAGAAAAAGGAGUCAUGAUUCAAUGUGAAUUGUGCAGGGAUUCCUUUCAUGCCACAUGUAUCCCCUUGUCAAGACCCAGUGGAAAGAAAGACAAGGGAGGUGAAGAUGGGAGUGUAGGGGGGGGAGGAGGAGGAAUGCCGGAAGAUCUCUUUAUGUGUCCUCUUUGUCAACGAUCUCAGCGACCUCGUCUGGAGAACAUCCUGUCUCUCCUUGUGGCCUUCCAGAAGCUCACAGUCCGCCUACCUGAAGCUGAGGCACUUCAGAGCCUCACUGAACAGGCUAUGGAUUGGCAGGAUCGAGCACGACAUGCACUGUCAAAUCCAGAUCUCUCUCGUAUCCUGGGUAAAUCGGGAGGAGGAAACCCAGGAGUUUCAGCCUCCCGCUCAGAAUGUUACAGUUGGGAAGACCGGACAAGAUCCCCUUCACCAUCUCCAGGACAUCCAAGCCCUUCAGCAGAUCAUAAUGUGGACAAUGAUCUCAUGUGUCAUGAGACUUGCCCAGAGGAUAUGGACCAUGACCCUUCACAGAUGUCCAAGGUCACAGACAACUCCCAGUCGAGCUUUGGCAGUUCAGAGCAUGCCUACUCCUUUGCAUCAAAGCCAGGUGGGAUGCCUACAACCAGCAAGAAGCAUGGCAGGAAAUCCCCCCUGGUUCCAAGGGAUGCCAUGGACCGGUCAUGGGAGACGACCAUUAGAGAUAAUCUGAAGAACCAGCUGGAGAAGCUACUUUUAGAGGGUCUUCUCAUGGAGCUGUAUUUGGAUGAGACUUCCCACUUGUGGAACGUGUUACAGAUUGUCCGGGCACCAGAUGAAGUUCGACCUAUGCCCUCCCCAAAAGUGCUGGAAAGAGAGUUGCUGCUACAGAGGAAGCGGAUGCAGGAGAACCAGAAAGCUAAAGCAGCUGCUGGAGCCACACAGAAGAAACCAAUGCCACAGAAGCGUCCAAGUGACAAAAGUACACUGGGAGAGGAACUUGCCAAGAAGAAAGGAAAAGGUGGGGCAUCUCCAAGAAGUGUAGGAUCUCCUGGAUCUCCCACAGAUAAGAAGAUCCGUAAAUCCAGACCCAAGCAGGUUGGUGUGAAGCCUAGGGCAACAGCUGAGGCCAAACGGAUUUCAGAUAAUGAGGAAAUGGAAGAGGAUUGUGCAGCUGUGCGUUGCCGCAAGCCUACUGAAAAGAAGCAGGAAAAGUCACCAGACCCCUUGGCCAAAGCAUCACCUCAGCCUUCCAGUCCUGACAUCCAGGCUUUGGUGUCAGAGGCAGUUAAGAAAGUGCUUCUGGAGAAGAAGCUUCUUGAUGGGAAAGACAUUAAUACAAAACACCUUAUAUCCAAAGCUGCAUCCAAGGCUGUGGCUAAAUCACGGGCCAGUGCUCUAGUCUAUAGACCCACUCCCAUUGCAGAACUCCAGAAGCGACGUGAAGUGCAAGGACUCUCAGUCUGUGCUGUUGUGCCUGAUUCCAACAGUGAAGAUGAGAUCCCCAAGUCUAAGGAUGAUGAAUACGUUCCUCUUGGAUCGUUCCAACCUGAUGCCCCAAGUUAUAUGCCUGGAUCUGCUGGGACUGCAACACAUGAGCCAUCAUAUUGCCCCAACAGUGUGAGCCAAAAUGAAACAUCAGCCACCUACCUCCCAAGUGCCAAAGCAUCUCAAGAACCUUCAUAUGAGCCAGGGUCAAACAAAAAUACAGCAACAGGCACUCAGUAUCACCCCACAUGUCGUGCCAAGCUCACCCAACGAUCGGAAGAGUAUGUGCCACCUGGGACAUUAGUAUCUGGUGUGGAAUAUGUGCCAAGCAGCAGAGAUUCUCUUGCCAAUAAGCCAGUCUAUGAAGGAAAUGAUCAGGUCUAUCAGCCAAAAGCCCCUGGUAAACUUGAGGAUCUCAAUGACUUUGAUCUGGUUGAGCAGAUCAUUGCAGAAAGCAGCCAGAGCAUUGAAGCUAAGCUCUGCAAGAAGAAGCGCCGAAAAGAGCUCCUGGCCAAGAAACGUAACUGCACAUUACCUGACCCAACUAUGAAGUGCGAGGAAGAAUAUCAUCCUCCUGGAGCCACUGAUGCUGCUGUGACAUACCAACCAACUGCAAUCACUGCGAACCAGAAGCAGAAACAUACUGAUGGGGAAUCUUCUGAUGAACUUGAUGAAGCCUUGAUCAGUGAACUGGAAUUGUGUUCCCACAGUGCACUUCAUGAAGUAAUACCAUCUAUGAAAGAUGAGCAAGUUUUAACAAAGAAUGACAGGAAAUCUGACUCACACAGAAAGCAUAAGAAGAAAAAGAAAAAGAAAGAUCAGGAAAGGAGAAGUCAUCAUUCAGGAUCAAAGGUGACUUCAACUACAAAAUCUGACAAUGAUGUAUCGAGCACAAGUGAUGGUAAAGAAACGGAGAAAACAAAGGAGGAGAGCAGACAUUCAUUGUGUCACAAGCGUAAGAGAUCCAGCAGUCAAGAGCAAGAUUCACAUAGCAAGAGGAAGAGGCAUAAGCAUUCCAUGGAGCACAGGGAGAAGAUCAAGUCUGAGAGUGGGAAAAGUGAGAAGCACAAGUCAGAAAAGCAUCACCGGUCAGACAGGGUAAAGAUAUCCAGGGAAGGGGAGGAAAGCAAGACAGUGAAUGGACUCUGUCAUGAUGUGGGGAAAAGGACAACAUUAGAAAAGGGAUCAGAGCUGAAGGUCCAAUACAAGAAGGAUGAUGUUGCAUCAACUUUAACAGAGAAUGAAAGCAAGAAGCCAAAUUUCAAUGAUGAUGAUCUUGAAGAAAUGUUUGGGGAUGUGGAUAUGGAUGACUUUGAAGAGCCCCUCUCUGAUGAAGUAGAGGAGAGGAAGCCAGAGGCAAUGCUGGAGAGGCUGAGGAAACUUCAGACAACAGCCCCUCCUCCUCCUGACCUGAAUUGCAUGGCUGUGAUCCUUAUUCCAGGUGGGAAAAAACGUAUUGCUCAUGUUCCUAAUGUAUAUUCCCUCAUGAAUGCCAAACAUGAACUGCUCAACCGUCGGCUGCAGUUGAUGAAGCAGCCAACCAAUUUCUCAGCUGGUAAUCCUUCUGAAUCUCAGCCUUCCACUUCGUCAGGUGCCAGUGCAUCAGGACGAACUAUAGGGAAAGGAGAGAAACGAGUUGCUCAUGUUCCCAAGCAAGCAAUGGAAUAUGGGAGCAAAGUUCCUGCCAGUGUUCGUCAGAGAUAUCUCAAUACAUUCAUUGAUGAACUCUUGAAGACAGUGGAAUCAGAACAGGAAGCUUUUGAUCGUGCACUGGAAGAAGAAGCAGGAGUGUAUGUACGAAGCAGCAACAAGACAGUUUAUUUGAAUCUGGCAUGCAAUAUGGUGACAAGACUGCGGAAAGAGACAGAGGUAGCCAGCUCUGCUGCCAAGGGUGAAUCUCAAAUGCCAAGCCGUAAUCCCACAGUAUCUCAUCUAUCCAUUCUGGCUGGAAAAGGAGGGGCACGGGGGAGUUGGAGCAUAGAGAAACCCAAAAAACCUUCAGUGGAACUUGAUGACAUCCAUGGUUCAGUGCUAUAUCACCUGAUGCUACAGUAUGUGGCCAGUCCAGAGCAGCUAGAAGAGAAUCGAUAUCCCUGUCCAGAUCCAGAGACAAGUGGUCGGGCAAUCUGGAAGGAUGCAGAGAAGCAGACAACUCAGGGAGAUCCCACAAUGAGGACAUGCAUUCGUUGUGGCAGGAACUACCGUGUUGAUGUUGAUGGGUUCCAGAUCAAGAAUGAGAAUUGCAGUUAUCACUGGGGAAGAUCAUACAAUCUACGAUUUGCUGGAGGCCGAAAUGAGAAGACUUAUGUGUGCUGUAAGGGAGAUCUGAAUACAGAUGGGUGCUGCUUAGCUUCAGUGCAUGUAUCAGAACCAUAUGACCCCUCAAUCCAACUGGGCUAUGUCACGACCUAUGAAGCUGAGAACCCUAAUGAUGAUUGUGGUGUUUUUGCCCUGGACUGUGAGAUGUGCUACACAACACAAGGAAAUGAGCUCACCCGUGUCACUGUCAUUGGGUCACACCUGGAAACUGUCUAUGAGACCCUUGUCAAACCUGAAAAACCCAUUCUUGACUAUAAUACCAGGUUCAGUGGGAUCCAAGAAGAAGACAUGAAGCACGUGACAACACGCCUGCAGGAUGUCCAGGCUCAUCUCCUUUCUCUUUUCUCAGACAAGACCAUUCUUAUUGGCCAUAGUCUAGAUAGUGACCUCCGAGCACUCAAGGAUGAUUAUGAGUUCCAAUUAACAAAAUGUGAUGCAAAGAAGGGACGUUGGAGAAUUUCUGUGCCAAAGGUGGACAACAUAUGUUCUGGUGGAGAAUCCUCACCUGCCCCAGUUCGACUUAAAGAAUGCUACCCAACCUGUGAUCCUGGUGAACACUUUGACUUGAGUACACUGCAAUGUGAACCAUGCCCAGCUGGAACAUAUUCACUUGGGAAUGGAUUGCUCUUGGACUCUUGGGAUCCUUUGCCUGAAGGAUUCCAGACCACAUCUGAAGAGUUCUCAUCUACAUCAUCCCUGUUUUUCAGCUAUGAACGAAUGAAACCUGACUGUCACAAGUAUGGUUGGAAGGCUCAAGGGAAUUACCUGGCCUCCAUCUCUGGUUUCUGUGUCACAUCCCUCAUCUAUACCGUGACCCUUGUGAGACGUGGGAUACUCGAGUUCUCCUAUCAAUAUCCUGAUGAUAAUGUUCUCUUUGAGUUUGAGAUUGCUGAAGAGAACUGUGAAGUGGCAGAGCUGUCAGGAGAGAUCCAGUAUCCAUUGAUGACAGAACAGGGACAAUGGAAGACAGUUCAAGUGAACCUUUUCCCAGGGCCUAAGGUCUUUCAAUGGCGCACUGUUGGCAUGGAUGACAAUGUUCAGCCUGUCCUUCUCAACUUCAUCAAUAUCACAGGGGUCUUGGAUGUCCCAAAAUGUAUCACUUGCCCCAAGGGAACCUACAGUCAAGCUUCUCGAUCAACCAAGUGUGAAUUAUGCCCUAAGGACACAUAUGCAGGAGAAGUUGGAUCAAGAAAAUGUACUGCUUGUGAUCUCAUCAGCAUGUAUGCCCCUAAGGGAUCUAGUCAAUGCUUUGAUCGCCCCUUCUGUACUCCCAGGGACUUCAUUGAGUUCCAUUCCCCCUGCAAAAACAAUCAGACAGUCAAAAGCUAUGAAUGGAUGGAGCCAAAGGUGUGCCGAGAGAAUGUCUCUGAGGCUGUGAGUUUACCUCCUAAAGAAGAAGUGUCUCCCUGUCCACCCUGCAACCCUGUGUGUGGAGAGGAGGAGAGAUCCUUUCACUGGCAGCCAGCAGGAGACCAUAUUCGAACACCUAAUGACAUCAGGGAAGGUUCAUAUGUGAUCCUGAACCUGCCCAUUCCAGGAUUUCGAAGAAAGGAGAGCUUUAACAAAUACCAGGCCCAGAAAGUGGGAUACAUCUCAUUCAGUUUUGAACUUCAGUGCCAGAGCCCUUGCCAACUCACAUUCUUCCAGCAAUCAGAUCAUGCGGGGAUUUCCUUCAUCGGGAAGUGGCGGGAAGACUCAUCACGCAUUACACACUAUACACACCCAGUGUACCGCAAUGACAGCUACAUCUUUCGCUGGGUGUUUCACCGUGUUUCAUGGGGAGAUACCUCAGUAGAUGCUACUAAUGGAUGGAAGAGAUUUGCUGAACCACCACAGCACUGGGGAUCUGUCAUUGCACGCAUCUAUACAAUUAAUGUGACUAAUACCAUUGAUGGAGGAGCAUCGAACUGCCUUCCAUGCCCUGCUCAGUUGACUCAGAUGCAAGAGAGUAGCGAGGCCAUGCCCUUGCUUCCUCCCUCAGGAAUGUUUGAUGGCUGCAUCACCUGCCCAAUUGGACAGUACUAUGACUGGACCAACGGGACAUGUGCAUCAUGCCCACCUAACAUGAUCUUGCCUGACCCCUUUGCAAUGGGACCUGAUGCCUGUCAGGAGUGUGGACCUGGACUAGUGAGCCUUGAUGGACAGAACUGCAUUGCCACCUGCAAAUUCUCCAUUGAGGGUUCCUUCUAUGAUCUCCAGAAGCUUGCCAUACCUGCUCAAGUACAAGGGGCAAAGCUGUUCACAGCCAGUGGUUCUGAGUACUACAAUGUAUUCAACAUCAGCCUGUGUGGAACUCCUUUGGCCGAAUGCACCAACAACGUCUCAUGGCGCAAGACCCUCGACAUUUUCCGAGACUCGGUUGAGUCAUCCAUUCCUCUUGCCAAUGAAAUUCGUGUGGAGUCAUACGUGUGUCGAUCGACCCUGGUCCCAGCUGGUGAUGGGAAGGGUCAUCCACCACUGGCAGCCAUGGCCCUUAGCUUUGGAGACACCAUACUUGGCAUCACCAGAUCUCCUCAACUUGAUGAAGUCAAAGUUCAUAAGGAAUUCAUCAAUCCCAAGGAAUAUCCCAAAGAUAUUCACUUCUAUUACACCACUGUCUCAGUGGUGUUGGGAGAAUGUCAGGACGGCCAUCAAAAGAUACAUUACCUCCCGCCGUCCACCUGUCUGCCACCAGAAGAAGGGAUCCCCGACGGAGAGAUGCCCUGUUCCACGGCCAUCCCCUUCAUGGUCCAACUGGUGGUGGUGGGCUCGGUGACGCUGGCCAUGCUCCUGGCGCUCACCCUUGCCCUCCUCUACCGCAAGAAGCGCCGCCUCGAGUACAAGUACAUGCGGCUGGUGGAGAAGAAGGGCGACGGAGCAGGGUACGGGGUGGCGGGCGGGGAGACGGGGCUAGGGUCCGCCGAGAGCUGUGCCUUGCACGAGGACGAGGACGACGACGAGGAUGGGACCGACGAGCAGAGGGGCUCUCGCGUUCUCUUCUCCCGACUCGAACGCAUGGUCAAGAAGUUGAGUCAUUUCGAGGGAAAGGUUGUUUCUGAAUGA